GACCUUGAAGUGCUCAGCCUCUGCAAAAGGUCGUAUGUGUCUCUAUCCAUUGCCUUGCGGAUUUCCUCAACCAAACGCCUGGCGAACCGUCCUUGUUUCGAAAUUGGAUUUCCUGCAGGGAUUUCUUUUAUGUCAAUCCAAUUUGCAUGAAUGGUAAAACAAGAUCAUGCAUCAAAAAAUAUUCCUUUCCUUUUUUGCAAAAACGGUCAGGCAUAUUAUGCAAGCACUUGGUGGAGUGUAGUAAUCCGUUCAUCGCAUUCGAUCAUAUAAAAGUUCAACGAAAUGAGUCAACAAGCUUGCACUCGCAUAUCGGUGUUCAACUCAUUACCUACUUGGUGGAUGGGGUUUUUAAAACUCCCGUUUCUUCAUGGAACUCUCCUACACUAGAGUUUACUAAGUUUGAGUCUGAAUGUCGUCAUAUGGAAACAUUUGUUAGUGAUGUUAAUCAUGACUCAGCAGAAUUAUUUAAAGUUUGGAUCCACUGCAAACCUUCCGUAUCAAUGGAUUAUUCACACCAUGGUUCACAACUCUAUACAUCAGAUGAUUUUACCGUAUUACGAGAAGAGGACAAUAGUGCUGAGCUGCGCAUACUUUCAGGUUCAGUCUCAGGUGUAUCUGGACCUAUUGAGACUGAUCCACCAAUUUGUUUCUUUGAUCUAUGCCUACAACAUUCAUCGUUCCAGUGUACUACUUAUUGCUUACCAUUGUCUGAAGAAUAUGAAACAGCCUUUGUCUACAUCUAUAAUUCAUCGGACAGGAAGAAUUCUGUUCUAAGUAUUGUUUCAGAUGUACCCAACGAAUCAACUUCAUUAGCUAUGCAUGAAAUCGCUGUUCUAAAUUUUGUUGGAAAUCUCGUGAAAAUUAAAUUGCACAAUAACGUCAAUUUUUGUCGUGUAAUCAUUUUAGCUGGAAAACGAAUCGAGUUACCUAAAUCGUCCAGUUUUGCAGAAAACGCUUUUUACAAAUUCAGUGAUCCAGAUGCACGAAAAGAGAUUUUGCCAAAUAGUGAAGAUGACAGACAUCAACCUUAUAGUUUGUGUUUUAUUUAAUUUCAAGUGAUUGGUAUACUUGUUUCCAUACUGCUAGUGUGUAUAUUACAGAUCUUACUGUCUUCUCCUUUUUAUUUAGUAAAAUUGUACUAAUAAGUAUUUGUACAGAAAUAUUUAAAUAUACAUGUAAUUUAUAGUUUAAAUGAUUGUUUUCCAGUUAAAUGUCUGGUUUCAUCGUUGAUAUUUGUGUUUGCCAUGCGUUUGACCAACUGUUGAAGUUGCUUCAGACUCCGUUACAAUGUUUUGUAUUGUUUGAGUAAGAGUAUUUAAUGAUGUGGAAGUGGGAUUUAAUCUUUGCCACUAUGCGCAAUAACAAAGUGCUUUAGCCCCUGUUUAUUUUGUGCUCUUUUUUUGACAAUUUCAUUUUAGACAGAUUGUUAAUCGACAGUAACUAUUUUCUUUUAUUCAUAACCUCGAAUGACUACGAUCAAAUAGUAUGAGUAAAUUGUUACUAGAUUACGGUUUGAACCAUUUGUUUUUAUGAUUAUGUGCAUAAAUAUAGCAGUAAGUUAAUGGUCAGAUAUCAAAGCGCUAUAAUCGUGUAUAUUAUUAUGUACAUAGAUGUUUUGAACUGUAAUCUAGUAAUAAUUCACUCUUAUACACCUCCCUCAAAUUAUUUGGUCGUAAUGAUUCGAUGUUAUAAAACGUGAUUGUUGUUAAUGUCAACUGUUCCUAUAGCGCGCUAUAUCGUGAAUUGGCAGAGGUUAGAAUUCAUG